AUGGCAUCCGGAAAAUGGUACUACUCUAAAGACCAAUUAGAAAAUUCUCCCAGCUUAAAAGACGAUAUUCAGGCUGCCAGAGAAUUAAAGUACCGCCAGGACGCCGCUGAAUUAAUUCACAUAAUGGGCGAUAAAUUGCAUUUAACCAACGCAAUAAUCAGUUCAGCGGUGACGUAUAUGCACAGGUUUUACGUCUAUCAUUCAUUCGUCCGUUUCCACCGUUACCCGGUAGCCGCAGCUUCAAUUUUCCUGGCAGCUAAAUCUGAGAGUAUGCCGAAGAAUUUGGAAAGUGUGAUCCGAACUCUUUAUUCGUGCAUCUACAAAAAAAAGUGUAAUGAGGUCAACACAGAAUCCAAGGAUUUCAUAUCUGAAGCAGAAAAUGUGCUAUAUAUCGAGCAUAUAAUGAUUCAGACCCUGGGAUUCGAGCUUGAUAUUGAGCACUCUCAUGCUUAUGUGCUCAAAUUCUGCCAGGAGAUCAAGGCGAACAAAGAUUUUGCUCAGGCUUGCUAUUUCCUGGCUACGGAGCUUUUGGAGACGACGACAAUGUGCCUCCAAUAUUCCCCCAAAGUAACGGCAAGCUUUUGCAUUUACUUUGUGAGCAAGCUGACCAAUUGGGAAAUCUUCGAGAGUUAUCAAGGUAAAAAUUGGGUUUAUCCUGAUAAUGACUCGGAUAUCUCUUUGGAGUUGUUGAAAAAGCUGGAGGAAGAGUUCAAGGUGAUAUUCGACCACAGCAGGACUCGCUGGAGGCAAAAGGUUUUGAGUAUUGUCCAGGGUCGAAAUUCACCACAACGCACGGAUGAUAGGGUGUCAGAGGCUUCAACUUCAAGUGAUGGAAGCUCACCGCCACAACAAGCUGGUUUGGAGCCAGUUCUUGGGCAAGGUAUGCCUCAACAACUUGCUAACCCAAGCUUGAAGUUUGAGGAAGUUCCAAGCGACCAAGGACAGCAAUUAGCUCAGCCGAUUAAAAAAUUCUUGACAUCUGCUUCAAAAUCCGAAGAUGUACGUCCAAAACCGAAGAUUUCCAACAAUUCAGUGUCUAUCUUCAAUCCGGAUGUACCAGAUGCUGAAGUCCAGAAGAUAUUGUCCAAGUUGGUGGCUAAGAACAAUCAAGGCACACUUGAUAAGACUAGUCACUCAACUGGGGCACUUUCCAAGGAUCUUCCUGAAUUGGGUGAUCCAAAACCUUCUACGAGUGGUUACAAAGCUAAUCACUCUAGGCCGUCGCUAGUUGUUACCAUUCCUAGAGACAGGAUCAACCAAGCUUUGGAUGGUAAGCUUGAAGAGGUCAAUCGUCCACCAAUUAGGUUGAAGAUUAAGAUUCCAUCUCAAAAGCCUGAUAAAAAGGAAUACUGUGUUAAGUAUUUAUCGACUUCAAAUAGAGAUGAUGCUUCACCAACGAUCAAAAAAAAUUUCUAA